AUUCAAUACCCACAAUGCAUCGGUCGUUUAUCGGUGACGAAGGCUAGGCGUAUACACUUUAGAUAUGCCAAAGAGCAGAAGGAAGCAUUUGUAUGACGAUGAAUAUGAUGCUCGAUCAUAUUCCCAUCUUGUUCCCCAAGGACAAGCCACACAGGCACAACCUCACAGCAGUUACGGCAGCUCUAAAAAGCGACCGAAGAAAAAGAAAAGUCACAGAAAAAGAUCUAAGGAUCGCGAAGAGAGAACUCAACCCCAAAAGUCAUUAGUUGAUUACGACGACAUCAGUUCUGAUUCAGAUAUUGUAUCAUCGAGCCCACCGUCAACAACUGCAUCGUCGUCAAAACAAAAUGCUGUUGGACAGACAUCUGCAGGUCGUUCGGGAAGUCAUAAUUCACAUUCAAGACUAAGCCAUGGUUCGGGAAAAAGAGCCGAAUCACCAGCGACUGCUCUGCGAUUAUACCGGGAUGGACGAAGUCGAAGCAAAUCACCUCGUGAACAGAUUGAUAGUCCACGAUCGCGACCACAGCAAUCUCGUUCGAAAAGUAGUAAGAAACUUAAAAGAUCACGACACGUCUCUCCGGAUUUUGAUAACGGUUCUCACAGGGAUAACAAAUAUAAUGCUAGACUUCACCCAACCACAGAAGCUAGAGAUUUUCCCAAAGCAUAUGCUGAUUUGCCCAAAGCUUAUAGCACUGACUACAAAGAAACUGCAGAGAAAAGACACCGUAGUCCAAGCCCAUACAAAUAUGACAAAAGAGAAAGGAAAGCAUCACGAAGUCCAAGUAAUCGGAAACAUAAAUAUGUAUCUUCAUCAAGAGGUGCAGGCAGUCCUUUGCGGUAUUCAAAAAAGCAACUCGCCUCUCUUUCACCUGGGCGUAGUCAUAACAGACCAUCACCCAGUCCUUCUAGGACAGCAACUUCGUCUUUCUCUUCUAGAACGAAACUUAGCAAUACCAGGACUUACCAGUAUGCCACUAGUUUGGCUGCUGAAUUAAGUAAGCAUCGUAGGGCAAGGGAAAAUAAAAAACGAAUGUUUGGUCAAGAGACAAGUUCAUUAGAUAGCAAGACAAACUCUCCAGAUUUAGAAGUAAUUAGUAGGUCGCCAACUCCUGUUGGUAUCAAAGCUUCAGCGUAUACUGGGUCUAAAAUUGAGUCACCCAUGAAACACAGUCCUAUGGUUCAAGUUGGUGUGCAAGAAAAGACACAAGAACAUGCACGAGGAAAUAUAGUUCAUGUUGAAAAUAGACCCCCCAAGACAAUUGACUGGAGUUUGUCAGAACAUCGGACUUCUAAAGGAAACGUAUUAGAAAUCGAUCUCAAACCAAAAAGUAAUCCAAUGUCUACACUACCUCAGCUUCCUCUUCCUGAAAUUGAUCCUGAUGAAGAUAUGGAUCUGGAACAAAGUCCUUACAAUGAAAUCAAAGCAGAAGAAAAAGAAUCUCGGCCACGUGGUAUCCGUGAUCUUCCUCUGCCACCUAUCGUUGAUGAACCAGAGGUAGAGCCUGAAGAACCUUUGAGAAAACCUGCAGUUAAAAAAGAAGAGGGUCCAAAACUUAAACGGCCAAGAAUGUGUCAUCAUCGUCGUUACAAUGACCACCAAGGUGAUUGGGGUGAAAGGUGUGUUGAUGUAUUUGAUAUCAUACAGAUAAUUGGAGAAGGCACCUAUGGUCAAGUGUAUAAAGCAAGAGAUAUCAAUCUAGGGAUUUUGGUUGCAUUAAAAAAAGUCAGGUUGGAAAAUGAGAAAGAGGGAUUUCCCAUCACAGCUGUCAGAGAAAUAAAAAUAUUGAGACAGUUGCAGCACCCCAAUAUUGUUAAUUUAAAAGAAAUAGUCACAGACAAACAAGAUGCACUUGAUUUUAGAAAAGACAAAGGAUCUUUUUAUUUGGUGUUUGAAUACAUGGACCAUGACUUGAUGGGCUUGCUGGACUCUGGUUUAGUGACUCUCAGGGAGGAACACAUAGCAUCGUUUAUGAAACAGUUAUUAUUGGGACUGCAAUAUUGCCACAAGAAAAAUUUCCUGCACAGAGAUAUUAAAUGUUCCAAUAUUCUUUUAAAUAACCGUGGUCAAAUUAAACUUGGUGAUCUGGGACUUGCAAGAUAUUAUCAUGCUGAUGACAAAGACCGUCUCUAUACAAAUAAAGUUAUAACUCUUUGGUAUCGUCCUCCAGAACUUUUGCUUGGAGAGGAAAGAUAUGGUCCUGCUAUUGAUAUGUGGAGCUUAGGGUGCAUUCUGGGUGAACUAUUUACCAAAAAGCCAAUAUUUCAAGCAAAAGAAGAAUUUGCCCAGUUAGAAUUGAUCAGUCGUACUUGUGGCUCACCAUGUCCUGCCAACUGGCCAGAAGUGAUUAAGCUGCCUUUAUUUCACAGUUUUAAACCAAAGAGACAACAUCGGAGAAGACUGAGAGAAGAAUUUUCAUUCCUUCCUAAACUGGCACUCGACCUUAUGGAUCACAUGCUAGAAUUGGACCCAAGUAGAAGGUGUACUGCAGAACAAGGUCUUAAUAGUCCUUGGUUACGAGAUGUUGAUCCUAAUAGCAUUCCACCACCUGAUUUACCCAAAGAUCAAGAUUGUCAUGAACUAUGGUGCAAAAACCGUAAAAAAGAAAUGAGAGAAUUACAGGUAAAAGAGCAAGAUUUCAACCAAAAAUCACUUCCGGUUACAAGGGUACCACCAAGUAGUCGACCUUUUGCACCCUCCGAAACAAAGCCAUUUGCAACUAAGUCUUUGUCAGUAAAUGAUCAGAAAGAAGAUAGUCUGAAGCAAAAUGACAUUGGAGGUGUUAGUGAUAGUAAAGAUGCUCAAAUUCAACUUUCCAACUUAAUUACACUACUGCAGAACCAGCAAAAUCUUAGUGUUUCUCAGAUAGCUAAAAAGCUUAAUAUUACAGUUAAUUCUCAAACUUCAAUGCUGCUAAACAACUUAAAGCAACAGUUAAUUAAUGCCUUAUCCAGUGUUCAAAAAAGUUCGGGUUUAGAUAAAUUUGACCCACAUUCAAUGAUACCCAAUUCCCUAUCAACAAUGCAGAGUGUUUUGUCUGGAAGCAAUAGCAGUACUUUAUCGAAUGUACCAACCAACAGUAACAUUUCUUCACAUCCUUCAGCAAGUGGUUUUCCAGAUUCUGUUCAAGGUAGCAGUAAAAACAAUUCAGUGAAUUAUUUUGACUCCAAUCGUCAACAAACUUCAGAUUACUCUAGUGGACCAGAGCACAGUAUUGGUAAACAUGCUGGUGUUAAAGUAGCACUCGCCCAAUUGCUUUCUCAGCAGGGCAUUGGAGUAAAGCUAGGAGGGGCACAAUUUGAAAGUGUACCACCACCCUUUUCUCCUGGAUCUGAUCCAUCUGUAUAUUCUAAACCUCUAGACAGUGCACCAUUUAACAGUCAUUCUGGGCAGGAGAACUCAACUUUAAUAGAUGAAAAAAUGUCUUAUAAGGAAGAACCAGUGACAGGUAGACAUUCACAAUAUUAUCCCCCUUACAGAGAUAAUGCUAGGAAUGCAGCUGGUACUUUAAAUCAAGAACCUAUUGAUCGAGAAUAUGUUGGGUCUAGCUCUUUUGAUUCACGGCAUGCAUGGUAGUUUUUUUUUGUAUCAGUUUAAAUAUGAAGUAUUACAGACUGUGCCUUCACACAUGCCAUAUUGUUAAAUAGAAAUAAAGUUAUUUAAUGCUUUCAACAAGGACUAAUAUUUAAACUGUCAAUACUAAUAUUAACUGUUCAAGUUUGUACGAUAAAUUAUCUUAGGGAAAUCAGAGUUGGCUUGACAAUCAAUAAUGGUGUAAGGCCUAUGUUGUUUGACUUGUUUCCUUCCACAAGAUUUAUUGGUGAUAAUUAUCUUGCUGAUUCAGAUCUUUUGCAUGUAACUUGUUUUUUUUUGUCAUUGAUAAUUAAUUGUAGUUAAUUCAAUGAAUUUUAAAUAAAAUAUUUGGUCUUCAAAUUUUGUGUGUUAUGAAAUGUGACGUUUGUAAAUAGUUUGAAAGAAGUUCAUUGGGCAACAACUCACUGCAAAGAUUUAAAAAAUUUGUACAAUUUAAAUUUAGUUUUUGUGUUUUUUUUUAAUUCCAGAACUGCUAGUAUCAUCUCUUUUAGCAAAUAGUUUCAUUACAAAUAAGCUGUAAUAUUUUAUUUAGGAUACUUCAAAUGUCUGAACAACUGUGAUGUAGUGAGAUUUGAUCACUUGUAUUUGUAUGCAUGAAGUGAUAUUUUCUGUAUGACUCUUUGGGAAGCCAUAGGGACAAAGUGAAUAAACUCAACCUUGGCAGCAUACAGAUAUUUACCACCUGGAGUGUUUGUGUUUUGUUUCCAAAGUUAUUGCUGUAUUUUGUUGAAUUAAAGAACAUUUUCCUGUAAAAUUUGUUCAUUGUUUUAAAUAAAGAUAGGUCCAUAUGAUGGUGGUGGAUUGGGUGCAUUGCCAAGCAGGUUUCGGAAUAAAUUUUUAGGCUGUUUUUUGUGAUAGUAGGUCAAUUAGAUUCAUUUUAAAAUUAAGAACUAAUAGGUUUAUGGAGUUACAGAAUUUUUCUAAACAUUUGACAAAUUUUUUAUUAAUUGAAAUACUUAAAGAUGCUAAUUAGUAAUAUUGUAUUUUUUAAGUUUCCAUUUUGUGAAUAUUUGUGACAAAUUUUAACAGCUACCUUUUAUGGACACUAGUGAUUUCUUUGUGGAGUUAAAAUUUCUCUUCAGUGAAUAGAAUUUAUUUUAGCCGCCAAGUCUUUUCUUGUGACAUUGGUGUGAUAUGAAAUUCACACAAAUAUUUCUGCACUUGAGAUAGUUUAAAGAAAAAGGAAUGCAAAUCAAAAAUUACCAAGUUCUCCAUCUCUGUGAUACAAGAAUAACAAGUAUUUCAUCCUCUCAGUACAAGAGCAAACAAGUAUAUCACCCUUUCAGUACUAUCUCAGAUUCGGUUGUGUUGCUGUAUCAUCGUUAAGUAAUUGCUCAAUUCCAGUGCUUAUGCAGGUGGGUAAUGUUUGUUUUGUUGGCAUCUUUUGUCUUUGGGAAUUUUUAUUACAUUGCGCCUCUUUGUUAAAAUUAACUAGAUUACUUCAUUUGCAGUAUUCUUAAUUUAAAAAAAAAAAUUAAACCCAUCUGUGAAAAUAAAAAUUCCCAAAGAAGAUUCAGUUUACACAAAACUACCCAACAAAGUACAAUUGCUCAACACUUGAAGCUCCAUCUCUGUUCUCCCUUAAUUGUACAAUGAAUUUUACCUUUUUAACAGUUCUGAAAAUUUUCUUCACAUUUUGAAAUAUUCCUAUAUAAUUGAAUGAUAGGAAUACUUAAAAAGUUGCUGUCAAGGGGAUAUUUUGUCUAUCUUAUAACACAUCCAAUUCCUAUAUUUUUCUAGUACUUGUACACUUUGCAUAUUGUUAUUCUAGUAAUAGUUUUAUACAUUUUACAUGUCAACAUCAGUAAAGGUAAGUUAAUCCCUGGCAACUUAAGGCUGCAAUUCAAAAGAGCAUUAAGGUAAGGGUUUAGACAU